AUGGCAUAUGGUUAUGCAGCUGAUGCGUUUGACGAAUACCUCCGACUUUCUGAAUGUGUGGCGCUAGCAUGCUUGGACAAUUUUAUAGAUUCAAUCGUAAAUUUAUUUGGAGAUGAGUACUUGAGAAGACCCACACCAGCAGAUCUUCAAAGACUACUCGACAUUGGCGAGUAUCGCGGAUUUCCUGGCAUGAUAGGAAGCAUCGAUUGCAUGCAUUGGGAAUGGAAGAAUUGUCCCACCGCAUGGAAAGGUCAAUACACCCGCGGAUCUGGAAAGCCCACUAUCGUUUUAGAGGCGGUGGCUUCAUAUGAUCUCUGGAUCUGGUAUGCUUUCUUUGGACUACCAGGUACAUUAAACGAUAUCAAUGUUCUUGACCGAUCUUCAGUCUUUGAUGAUAUUUUGCAUGGUCGAGCUCCUAAAGUUAAAUACAGUGUCAACGGACAUGAUUAUAAAUUGGCUUACUAUAUGACGAAUGAUAUAUAUCCAAAAUGGUCUACUUUUAUCCAAUCUAUUCCACUGCCACAAACUCCAAAAGCAUCUUUAUUUGAGAGACAACAAGAAGUUGUGCGUAAAGAUGUAGAGCGUGCUUUUGGAGUUUUGCAGGCUCGAUUUGCCAUAAUCAAAAACUCGGCUCUUAUUUGGGAUAAAGUAAAAAUUGGGAAAAUAAUGAGAGCGUGUAUCAUACUGCACAAUAUGAUAGUAGAGGACGAACGAGAUGGGUACACUCUUUUUGAUAAAACUGAGUUCGCACAAAUGGAGUCAAGUAGAGGUUCAGAAGUUGACUACACGCUUCCAACACCGAGGCCUUUAUGUGUCGUUACUAUGCUCAAUAAUCGAAAGGAUGUCCGUGAUCGAGAAAAACAACAACGCUUGGAAGAUGAUUUGGUUGAGAAUAUUUGGGCAAAAUUUGGAGCAAAUCACUAUUAA